AUGGAGGCUGAUUCUCCCCAUGCUUCCUACCCUGAUUUGUCGGGCAAGGUUGCCCUCAUCAUGGGCAUUGGGCAGACGGCCGUGCCAAAUUCGACGAAAUGGGGCAACGGAGCAGCCAUGGCCUACCGGCUCUCCCAGAACCAUGUCAAGAUAUUCGGGUGCGACCUUAGCAUCGAGGCUGCAAAGAACACGCAAUCCCGCCUCCCCGGCCAGUGCGAUGUCAUGGUGGCCGACGUCACGUCGGCGGCCGAUGUCUCCAAGGUUGUCAGCGCGUGCUUGGACAAGCAUGGACGCAUUGAUAUCUUGGUCAACAACGUUGGGUUUCCCAUUCUAGGGGACGCUGUGACGCUUCCUGAAGAGGCCUGGGACAAACAGAUCAACGUCAACCUCAAAAGCGUCUACCUAGCCUGCCAUUUCGUUCUUCCCGUCAUGGAGAAGCAGAGGUCAGGCACUGUCAUCAACAAUGCCUCCAUCGCCGGUCUACGCUACCUGGGCAAGCCUCAAAUCGCCUAUAACAGCGCCAAGGCCGCCGUCAUUCACUUCACACAGGUGACUGCAGCCGAGUUUGCCAGCAAGGGUAUUACGUUAAACUGUGUUGUGCCGGGCCUGAUCCUCACGCCGUUGGUGGAGAAGUGGGAGCAUAGCGAUAGUGAGACUGAGAGGAGAAUGUUUCACAAACUCACAAACAGCAAUGUUCCGAUGGGGAAGAUGGGGACUGGUUUCGAUGUGGCGAAUGCUGUUUUGUUCCUCAGUAGUGAGGGCGCCAGGUAUAUGACUGGCCAGUCUUUGAUACUGGAUGGCGGCCUUGUCGUCUCAACGGGUACUUGA